GUCGGACGGGCCGGGACGAGGCUUCCAGCAGGCCCAGCGCCGCCACGCAGCUGGCUUUCUGGUCCCGAGAGAGCCGGGAACGCUCUCCGGCGCUCGGCGAUCGGAUACGGCGCGGCAGGCGGUUACGAGAAGCAGUCGCUGCCUGGGGCGAACUUGCCUGCGCGCGGGAGUCUCGCCGACAUGGUGCUCCGCCGCAUGGUCCUCGACUGGGAGUGGCAGAAAGAGUACUGCCAGUACCACUUGUAUGAACUUCCCACCAAGCUUCGGGUCGCCUUAGUCGUGUACCUCGUCACCUAUACCCGGGAGGGCGUGUCCCUGCAGGAUCUUCAGGCUAUCCUGCUCCCUCCACGGGACGUGCCGGAGUAUCAAGAAGACCCGAGCCUCGCCCCCAGCGUCGUAAAUGAGUAUUUCCAUUACCUCGACCUCUCCGGGUCGGUCGGCCGGUCCCUGAAGCUCCGCGAGCUCUCCGAUUUCCUCUUUCCCCCACAGCCAAAGUCCAUCGAGCUGCAAGAAUCCUGGGAGGAUGCUACCGAACAGUCCCCCGCCGGCGUCCCACGCCCGCUGCUCCCCAACCUGACCCACCUCUCCCUCGCGCUAAGCCCUACAACCUCAUCCUCCUCGUCUCCUCCCCACGGCGCCGCCGCCGCCACUCCUACCACUGUCUCCUGGCGCCACCUCCUCGCCUUGGCGGCUCACCUCCCAGGCCUGACGCAUCUGAGCCUCGCGUUCUGGCCUGAGCCGUCCCUGACACCUAAUGCCAGGCUGGCCACAGUGGUGUCGCCGCAGACGGGCCGCACCGUACCCUACGGCGGCACGGGACCCUACAGUCACUCGCUCGAUGACGACUGGGCGGAGCAGGUGUUAAUCCUCCGCCGGCUCAGCAGAAGCCUGUACGGGCUCGAGUACCUCGACUUCACGGGAUGCGGGGAGUGGUUCCCCGCACUGUGGGCGAGCGCCGGCGAGGGGGAUACGGUGGACUGGAGCGGCGCCUGGGGGAAGGUGGAAACACUUGUUAUGUUUCCGGGGUACCGGCUGAGGGAGGAUGCCGAUGCGGCUGAGACGGCAAGGUAUUGGGAGUAUGUGGAUUGGGCUCGACGGGUGGAGAGGCAUGUGAGGUCGCGAAGGGCAGGGAAGGGGAGGUUUAUCACUGUCGAGACAUCUAGACGGCCGGGGGAGAUAGGGUGUUAGAAUACAACGAUCAAUGAGGCGCCUAACUACGCUUGGGUUGUUGCGCUUUUUAUUAUAGCUUUGCUGGUUAUCGUGACAGCAACCUAUA